UAAUGGCUAUCUAUUUGGGUCCUGAAGAAGGAGGGGUAUUUCUCGUCGGACUACCGUAGAUGUGAUUGAGUUUUCUUCAUGUAAGUGCGUACGUUAGCCUGUCAGUUGAACCCAGUUGCGUCUCGAGCGUUUUGUCGUUGGAUGUCUGUCGGCCGCCGCCGCACAACGGUUACUAAGCUGGCUGAACUUGGCGCCGCGUUUUAGGGUUAAAGCAGCCAGCUAGCCACGCUAACGUUAGCUACUACCAGCGCUGCUGCUGGUGUGUGUGUGUGUGUGUGUGUGUGUGUGUGUGUAUGUGUGAGAGAGAGCCAACGUCUGGAAGGGCGGACGAGUUUGACGUUUUCUCCUCAAGUCUCCUGACAUUUUUUUUUUUAGUUUAGUUAGCACAACGCGGUCCUCUCUCUCUCCUCAAAGCUAACCCUACCCAGUCAACAUGGAGGGGACACACUUUGCAAGAGCAUGAGCACGACGGCGAACGGCGACUAAAGAGGAUUAAAAGCAACUCGGUGUUGACGGGGGAAAAGUUGAGCUGAGGAUUAACAACUUGGGAUAAACAGAAGAAACGUUUCAAGUCUUACCUAUUGUAUAAGGGCAUGCUAAUACCUCAGUGAUGGAGUCCACAGUCGUGAGUACGUCCACUCUGGCCCCUGAUGAGUUUGAUAGGAACGUGCCGCGGAUCUGCGGUGUGUGUGGCGACAAAGCCACCGGCUUCCACUUCAACGCCAUGACCUGUGAGGGCUGCAAGGGUUUUUUCAGGCGCAGUAUGAAGCGCAAGGCCACCUUCACGUGUCCCUUUAACGGCAGUUGCACCAUCACCAAGGACAACAGGCGCCACUGCCAGGCAUGCAGGCUCAAACGCUGUGUGGACAUUGGCAUGAUGAAAGAGUUCAUUCUGACAGAUGAGGAAGUGCAGAGGAAGAAGGACCUGAUUCAACGGAGGAAGGACGAGGAAGCGCAGCGUGAAGCAGAGAAGGAGGCGCGGCGGCCCCGGCUCAGUGAGGAACAGAGUCAGGUCAUCGCCACGCUGGUGGAGGCGCACCACAAAACAUAUGACGACUCCUACUCUGACUUCUGCCGCUUCAGGCCUCCUGUGCGCGAGGGCCCAGUGACGCGUAGCGCCAGUAGAGCUGCCUCUCUCCACUCUCUGUCUGAUGCGUCCUCUGACUCCUUCAGUCACUCUCCAGAGUCAGUAGACACCAAAAUGAACUUCAACAACCUGCUGAUGAUGUACCACGAGCAGGGCAGCAGCCCUGACUCCAGCGAGGAGGAGGUCUCCAGCUUCUCCAUGCUGCCCCACCUGGCUGACCUGGUCUCCUAUAGUAUCCAGAAAGUUAUUGGCUUUGCCAAGAUGAUCCCUGGGUUCAGGGAGCUGACUGCAGAGGACCAGAUUGCUUUGCUCAAGUCCAGCGCCAUCGAGGUGAUCAUGCUGCGCUCAAAUCAGAGCUUCAACCUGGAAGACAUGUCCUGGAGCUGCGGUGGGCCUGACUUUAAAUACCAGAUCAGCGAUGUCACCAAAGCGGGCCACACUCUGGAGCUGCUGGAGCCACUGGUGAAGUUCCAGGUGGGCUUGAAGAAGCUCAACCUGCGGGAGGAGGAACAUGUGCUGCUGAUGGCCAUCUGCUUGCUUUCUCCAGACCGCCCAGGUGUGCAGGAUCACGCACGGAUCGAAGCCCUCCAGGACCGGCUGUCAGAGACCCUGCAGGCCUACAUCCAGCUCCACCACCCAGGAGGACGGCUGCUCUACGCCAAGAUGAUCCAGAAGCUAGCCGACCUCCGCAGCCUCAACGAGGAGCACUCCAAACAGUACCGCUCGCUGUCCUUCCAGCCGGAGCACAGCAUGCAGCUCACCCCGCUGGUGUUGGAGGUGUUCGGCAGCGAAGUGUCCUAGAACCUCUGAGCCUCGGUGGCGGAGAGGAAGCUGGAGACGAGACCCCCACCUGGGGGUAAAAAUGGAGGGAGGGAGCUGAGGAUGUGCUGGAUGGACUAAAUGGAGAUGUUGGGUAUGAAGCAAGUGGAAGAGAAAAAGUUUGUGUUUUAAGUGUGUGCGAAUGUGCGUGUGUGUGUGUGUGUGUAUAAGUGUGUUGUCUCGUCUAAAGAAGUCUAUCUUGGCAUACAGACCAAGGUUGUAUGGAGAGAAAGCAGAUGUUAGGAGACGCAGUAAACAAGGAAACGUCAUUUAAUACAAAUUGAGCUACACAUACAACUUCUGCCUAUAUACAGUGUUUUUGUCUGUAUUUAAAUCAACAAACCGCUGCUUCAAAUGCCUGGACAUUUUGUGUGUGUACGUGACGUACACACACCCACACAACAAACACACUCAGUUAUUCAUUUAGCCAUUCAGUUGAGCUACCUCUUUGUUUUACUGGGGUUGUUUUACAUCACCUACGUGAAACAGUAACUUUUACACAGAACAAUUUAGAUACAGUACGGAGGACAUUUCAGUUCAUCGGUGCAAACGCAGUGCCUGCACAUUACCUUUUGAGUUUUUGGUGUUCCAGAACUUUUUUUUAUUUUGUUGUUCAUCUGCUUCUCUCCAAGGCAGCGUAUGUAUAUGACUGUGUAUACAAUUCAAACACAUGCCUUUCGCCUUUCACCAAAGGUAUGGUCAACUACUUUCUCAAAAAGCUUCCAGUACCUAAAAAUAACCGCGCUGCUCCACAGCUCGUUUCACGUGUGCAGCCUUUCAACAUGCUAGCAAGUUGUCUGACUAGCCUCACAGCCUAUGAAAGAAGAAAACUUUCGUUAUUUAGGUUUAUACUGCAGAGUACAGAGCAUAGUCUGUAAUUUAGUGAGGUUUUGAUAGGACUUUGGGGUGCCUGGUUUUGAGGUGAGAAUUAGCCACUAAAUGUGUUAGCUACUUUUACACUGCUAACUUGUCAAUCAGAACGAGCCUGCAUUAUGGCUUGUUGCUCUCUUUUGAAAUUGUUUUUCCUUCUUCUUGGCUUUUGUUUAAUUGUUUCCCUGUAAAUAGUUAAUUACUACCACAUGUAUCCUAAGCACUGUUAUACCACCACCUUUUACUCAAGCCUAUGUAUUGAUAUACAGUAUAUGUUAUCACAGAUUUUAAAGGGCUAAGAUGCCAAAUCUAACUGGAAUAGUAAAUCGAGGCCAAAGCAAGGGGCCUGUCUUGUUAAUAUAUAGCUGCAAACCAUACUUGGAAUUGGCAUAUAUACUGAUGUAAUUGCAAUGGAUGUUUGUUUUGUUUUAUACGUCAUUUCACCUCUAAAAACAAUUCCAUGAAUUGUUCCUCCUCAGUAUACAGUGAGCUCGGUGGGCGGAGAGCUUGGGAAGCUGCUUCAGACCUCCACAGAUAUCACACCCCUUUCGUUUCUGACAGGGAAGUGGAUUUUCUAGAAUGUCUGAGGGCCUGGCUGUGGCGGCGGUGUGCACCUCUACACCCAGGCCCUCCUGUUUGAUGAUGUAUGCUGCGCAGCCCUCUAGUGGCUGCAUCGUGUAAAUACCAGGUAUAUAUGUGUAUAUAUAUAUAUAUAUAUAUAUAUAUAUAUACACAUAUAUAUAUAAAUAUAAAUAUAUAAUAUGUCCGCCGCUGUACAUAGGGCUACAUAGAUAUUUCUCAAGGCUAAUUUUUCCAGAAAUAUAUAUGCAAAUACAAUAUUGACCCUUUUUUUGUUUUGUUUUUGAUUCAUUAUCACUACGUUCUGAGACACUAUGCUCUUUUGUUUUGACUUUGAUCAUGUUUUUAUUGGUAAGAAUGAGUUAGAAAAUGGCUUAAACAGGGAUUGCUUGUGUAUUUGACUCAGUCAAAUUAUUAUUUGUUUAGUGGUGGGUUGAUGUAUUUGCCUAAUUUCCAAGGUUCAUUUUCAGACAGAGGACGAGCUAAACAUACUGUGCUGCUCUCUAAUAUAAGCCAUAUAGAUCACUAAGCUAGUUAUACACCUGAUACAUUACAGUGCAUCAAAAGGAUGACUCCAGAGCCUUGGAUAUCCUCAUUAUAUAAUCGUCUAAACUCAUAUGCUAUGUAUCCACGGCUCUUGGAAGAUAAGCUUGUAUAUGAUAGGAACUCAUAUGCCUUCUCUCUGCUGUCAGUCAUCUUUGGCUUAUGCUUCAUCAGACAGCAUCUAAUGGCUUAUAAACCAAACUGCCAAGAGAAUUUCAACGCUUAGGUUUAGAGGCCAGUAAUGUAUGGCUUGCUGCAUGUUGGAUUAUGGUAAAAUUACAUGAGAUGAUGUGGGUUUUUUUUGUUUUUUUAAUAUCAAGACAAUUCCCCAAAGAAGUGUAAAAUCAAAUUUUUGCAGCUGAGUUCACUUAAAGCAUAAAAGAAGUCAUUUGCAGAGAUGACACAAGUCUCGUACUUUUCUUGUCUUCGAUUUGCUGUGUGACAGAAGACAUUAGUUUAAAUGGUUCCUGUGACUGGCCAUACGGGCCUCCUGUGUCAGACCGAGAGCAGGCUGGAGUUACUCUGUGAUCUUUGAGGAAAAUGGUGAGAGAGAGAGCAUGUGUUUGUCGUCGAGCUGGAUGUGUUCUCACAAUUGCGCUGUGAGAAGUUGUUGUUGCUUUAAUUUGUUCCACCCACAUGGUUUUUAAACCUACCGUAGAAUUUUAAAGGUCCAGUGUGUAGGAUUUAGGGGGAUAUAUCGGCAGAAACUGAGUAUUAUAUGAUAACCUUUUCUUUUUUUGUCUUAAGUCAACUGAAAAUAAGAAUCGUUGUGUCUUUUUGGUAUCCUGUAAUGAGUCCUUUAUAUCUACAUAGGGAGUGGGUCCUCUUCCAUGAAAUGUUGCACCGCCAUGUGUCUACAGUAGCCCAGAAUGGACAAACCAAACAUCGGCUUUAGAUAGGUCCAUUCACUUUUUUACAUUGGCCACAGUAGUUUGCCGCCCCUUCGUAAUGAGCUGAACAGCACCGUAAAAAAAACCCUGAUUUUUAACGUGAAACUGCUUUUUUCAGUGUUUUUACCAGUUUAAAUCACCUGGUCUGUUUUUUUUCUUGGGGGAUAGGGAGAGAAGACUUCUGUAGGAUAAUUUUGCUCACGGUAAUAACCUUCUGAACAAUGAACGCUGAUAAAAAUCCCCACCUGGGAGUUCAUUCUCGGAACAUUGGAGAAGUUUCAGCAGGUUGCAAUCUGCAGUCCUCACCACUAGAUGCCACUAAAUCCUACACACUGCUCCUUUAAGUCCAUUCUCCGUCACUGUGGCUUUAUUCCGACUCUUCAUCAGUCACUGUGACACUCUGCAAGCUGGCAGUUGGGGCUGGAUGUGGAGAUGAUCUGCGUAGCAGAGAUAGUGAAAUCGUUUUUGGAUGUUUGCAUAUUGAUGUAAUCAUGAUAAGUUGGGUUUUCUUCAUGAAAAUCAUUGGGAUUAUGUAGUGUGUGUAUAUACAGUGUGUAUAUAUAUAUAUAUAUAUAUAUAUAUAUAUAUAUAUAUAUAUAUAUAUAUAUAUAUAUAUAUAAAAUUCCAUGUGACCCACAAAUCUCACUACCGUGACUGAACUUUAAGGAGUUGAGGCUCGAGUGUCUUUAGGCAGUACCACUCAUAUGUAUAGUAUGUCAGUUUGAUGAGGGGUAUGAUGUGCUUGGUUACUGAACACUGACUUUUGAAGUUUUUGAAAAGUCUCCACAUUGAUUUUCUCUGAAUACAUACUUCCGUAUGUAGAUAUGGGUUUUGAUUUAGUUCUAUAUUGUUUUUGAGAUAGAGAUGCAGUGUUGAUUUGUGUAUGUUCAAUACAGCGGGAGGUUUGGUGAACAAGUAAGUGCCACGGGGAGAGUUCCCUCCACACAAGAACAGGGUAAAAGAGGAGUUGCUCUUGGGGAUUUGACAAACCAAACAGGAAGAGUCUUGUGGAUGUAUCAUAUCGCUGUUAUUUGAACAAGUAGAUUUCAGUCAGUACUGCAUAGCAUCAGGGGAAUUCUUACUUAUCAUAAGCAGGGAAACCCCCUUUUUCCAUUUUAUGACUAAAUAUGUGAUUAAAUGCUGUUUAUGGGACCUUUUUCCCCAUUUAAUUCCCCACCCAACAUACUGUACAUAAUAUGCAAAUACACUUAAAUGUAAAUAUGGUGCAUCCCCAGAGUCUCCGGUUUGGUUUUACCACAGUAGGCUGCUCAGAAUCCGUAAGUUUUUAACUCUGCAUUGCGGUUGUUGAAAAUACUGGAACUUGGAAAAAAAAAAACCAUGCGUCAAUGGAAAUCCGCCUCGAAUUAGAUGGCUCCAUCUUUGGUGAGAUUUCCUCGAGAUUGGCAACAUAACAUAGUAACAAUGCCUGCAAUAUACAACUCAUGGUACACUAUCACCAGCAAGCUUUACAGUUUAUCAUGUUAGUAGUGAAGUUUUUUGUAUAACUGUUGCCAUUACAAAUCCUGUCUGUAAAAACAUGUAUGAUACCAUUCAUAGAAAACAGUCAGCCAUCUCCCACACAAAGGCUUUCAAGUCUUUUAUUUUAUUUUAUUUUUUUUAUAUUUUUUUUGUUCCUCCCAUUAGGACAGGGAUUGUAAUGGAAUCAACUUAAUUUAGUUCUUACAAAAAGGAGUGUCCACAAUGGAUGUACACCAUAAUCUACCUAAAAAACCUACCUCUUUUAGCUCAGAUUUUGCUUUAGCAUUAAGCAUUUGCCUCUGUUUUUACUUUUGUAAUAUUUGUAUUCAUGUUGGUAUUUAUUGCUGUCUAAUGAGUCAUACUUCAAUGAUUACCUCAGAGAUAUCUCACAGAUUUGGGAGAGUCCAGCUAAUGAAGUCAUUCAUAUAUUAUUUUUUUUUUUCUUGUACAGUUUUUUUUUCUUCUCAGACUCAGCAUUGCCUUUUUUUUAACGCACAAAAUACCAGGAGUGUUUUUAAUAUAGUGCCUGCACUCUGACCAACAAGGCUCAGACUGGCUAGGGUGAGGCUGCAUUUACUCCACAUUCUUAUCCACAUCUUUGUCCCUUUGGAUGUGUGGGUGAUUUUCAGCCACUGAUGCAAUUAAUCCGGUUGCCAUGUGGCUGAUAUCUACCUUAUCUUAAUAUUUCCUCAGGACAAACUGAGGAGAACUUUGUGGAGUUUAUCCAGCUGUAAAGAAGGAACAACCUGAAAGACUUUGUGGCAGUAGGAGAAGCGGGAGGUGUGUUUGCGCUCCACUUGGUACUGUUAGCAUGGUCUUUGCUCUGUAGUACGCCAUCCUUACCUUGUCCCUCUUAUUUGCCCCGCCAUCCCCUUCAUACCCUCCCCGUGUCUUCACCUCUCCUUCUGUCCUAAAGUCUACUCCCGCACCUUCAUCAUUCCCUGCCGAUGUUUGGUCUAACAAGGGAAUUAGGAGAAGUGAAAUCCUCAGUAUCCAUGCAAUGCUGCUUUUAUCUCGAGCAUCACCAAGUUGUGCGCUUCUGACACCACACAAUGCAGGCAACAUCCAAAAUGCCACCCCCACCCCCAGCGGCGCCUCGUUGGAUUGUGUCUUGAAACGCACACAACUUAGUGGUGCUCAUUGGGAAAAAAAAUAAAAAUCCUUUCAGAUCGUAGUAUCAUAUUAACAGAGCAACUACUCACUUUGGUGAAUUUAAACCAAGUUUAUUUUGUAUUCAUGUCAAACUGCUUCAGGUAAACACUGAAUGAAAUAAGAGAGUUUUUAUUGAUCAGUGAAUACUGAGGAACAAUGUCGCCAUGGUCACAUCUACCCUGAGCUGUGUGCCAUAACGUGUCCCUUUUAAUGCAGGGGAGGGUGUUAAUGAAGCUGGCUUCAGAUGUUCCCCAGCUUAAUUCCAACCAGAAGGUUGCCUGAGUGUGAGAUUGGCCUCCUACUUAGUACUUAUUCAGCCAUGUGUAUUGAUCUUCUAUGAGGAGUAAAUUUGAAUUUGGCAUUGAAUUGUCACCCUGCAUUGUGCAACCCAAAUCAUGCCACAUUGAAUUAAAAAAUUGCCCGAACCAACAAAAAGCACUUAAUGUAAUGUUUGUAACACAUGCAUACUGAUGAAUCUAUUAGCCAUAAACUGCCUGUGUAGGUCAGCAUGAUAUGGCUCCAAUUAGCAAAAUAAAGUUAGGUCACCUAAAUUUUAAUGUAAUUGCAAUUCAUCUUUUGUCUCUUUUUUUUUUCAAAGAUCUUUUUUCUAUUAUAAAUUGGUGUUUAUGUAAUGUUAUUUUUGUCAGAUGUUUUGCAAAUCAAAAAUAAACAGUUGUA